GUCUCAUUUAAAUCUUUCGAGAGUCUUUGUUCAUUUUUAUCUUCUUAAGCUGAUUCUGAUCCCGAUUCAUAGACCUCAAGAAAUUUUCAACCGUCUCGAGAAGAAUCUGCCGUCCUGAACUUCUUCUACCCUGCUCCUCAUUUACUCCGACCAAAAUAUCACAAUGGGAUCGACCGAGAAGAAUUUCCGGGCAGAGGCCGUCUAUCCCAUUGGGGACCCGCCAUUUGUGCAAUUCCCCAGCCGGAGGAGCGUUGUCCAUAGCACCAAAGGCAUGGUUGCUUGUACUCAACCAUUGGCAGCGGAAGCUGGUCAGAGGAUUCUGAAGAUGGGUGGUAAUGCUGCCGAUGCUGCCGUAGCGACAGCUGCUGCCCUCAACGUCACCGAACCUGCCUCAACGGGAAUUGGAGGAGACAUGUUUUGCUUGUGGUUCGACGCAAAGACCAAGAAAGUUCACGCCCUUAACGGCUCUGGUCGAAGUGCCAAAAACACCACUUUGGAACAAGUCCGGAAAGAACUAGGUCUCGCUCCUGGUGCACGUGCAAAGAUUCCACCUCAGAGCGCACUCGCCGUCACAGUACCGGGUGCUGCUGCUGGAUGGGUGGAUACCGUGGAGAGAUUUGGAAGUGGAAAACUGACUUUGGAACAAAUCCUCACGCCGGCCAUCGAGCUCGCUGAGGAAGGGUUCCCCGUCAGUGAAUUCUCUGCCGCAUUUUGGAAAGACUCGGAACAAGAUCUGAAGAACGCUUCUCCGAAUUUCCGAGAGAUCCUGAAAAAAGAUAAGCAAGCCGAGUUCUUUGUCCGAGCACCAAGAGCAGGAGAGAUCCUUCGGAAUCCCAAUCUUGCAAAAACGUUUCGAACUCUGGCGGCAGAAGGUAAAAAGGGAUUUUACUCGGGCAGAAUUGCCCAGUCCAUAGUGGACGUCCUCAAACAGACUGGCGGACACAUUGAACUCUCAGAUCUAGAAGCCCAUCUAAAUCAAGCGGUCGAGGAACCCAUACCAAUCUCCCACAAGUUUCGAGGACAGAAUGUUCGAAAGACGGCCACGCAGCGAGUGACCAACGGCACCUCAGAUAGUCAUUUUGUCGAGCUUUGGGAACACCCUCCAAACGGACAGGGCAUCGUUGCGCUGAUUGCCCUAGGCAUCCUUGAGGAACUUGAACGCACGCAACAAAUUCAAACCUUUGCCAUCGACGACCAUAAUAGCCCGCUGUAUCUGCAUGCAGUCAUCGAAGCAUUACAAAUUGCUUUUGCUGACGCUGCAUGGUGGGUUACCGACCCAGAGCACAGCCCCCACGAGCCCGAAGCAUUACUCUCCAAAGAGUAUCUGGCAGAACGAGCCAAGUUGUUCAACAAAGAAAAGGCCGGCAACCAUAUCCGAGGUCAGCCAGGACCUAGCCCAGCUCAGAAUCACAGUGACACUGUCUACUUUGCCGUUGCGGACCAGGAAGGCAAUGGGAUGAGCUUCAUCAACUCUAAUUAUGAAGGGUUUGGAUCAUGCAUCAUCCCACAGGGGACAGGCUUCGUGCUGCAGAAUCGAGGGUCCAACUUUGAGCUAGGACCGGAAGACCACCCCAACCUCUACAAAGGAGGCAAACGACCGUAUCAUACCAUCAUCCCCGGCAUGAUCACACAUGGAGAUGGAGCGGAACGACAACUUCAUUCAGUGUAUGGAGUCAUGGGAGGUUUCAUGCAACCGCAGGGCCACGUUCAAGUACUUUUGAAUAUGGAAGUGUUUGGCAUGAAUCCUCAACAAGCUCUAGAUGCGCCGAGAUUUUGCAUUGGAGCAGGUGCACCGGCUGGACAAGCUCCCAAGGCAGGAACAGUUUUCAUUGAAGAAGGAAUUGACGAAAAUGUGGUCAAGGUGCUCAAGCAGAUGGGACAUGACAUUGAGGUUCUAAAAGGUUGGUCCAGAGGCAAAUUUGGUCGGGGGCAAAUUGUCAGAAGACAUGUCGAUGAAGAAACAGGGAUCCCAGUAUACAGUGGCGGUAGUGAUAUGAGAGGUGACGGAUGCGCUAUCCCGGGAUAGACUAGAUGAAUCACUGGUUGAUCCACCUUUGUCAUGUUGAUUUGGCCUGCUUCCACGUCAUCCCCAUACAAAGGCCGAUGUUACAUACAUCAGUCUCGAGCUGGCACAGAACCAACGCAUUUGAUCAAGAGAUUUCUUCAGCCGUGUUGGUGGAUUCUAAGAGGAGUUCCUACCAUUUCCAACAAUUUCAAUUCAUGGGAAAUGUGUUUCCUCUUCUUUCCAUGGGAUAGCCCUGCUGCCCGCAAUAAUGGAUAGAUAUGUAGAUGUGAUGGUAC